AUGUUUACAAAAUCCUUUUAUUUGAUUGUCUACGUUAUCUGAAAUAAAUGAGUAAGCGUAUUACGCUGGUAUAUUUCAGAUGAGCAAGGCCAGUCGUUUUGUAUUAAAUGAACAACAAAUUGUAAGACACAUUAAAAAUGUUGCGCGCAUUUAUGGUAUAAGAUCGUAUUUAAAAGUUAAAGUUUAAUAAGUAACAUAAUUAAAAAUAAUUAGUUAAUUAUGAAGUUUAUAAAUACAUUUACUGUUAUUUUAAUUCUUUCAAUAGGGCAGAAAGUGUUGGGGGCAGAUGUGCUUCCAAAGAACUGUAUUGAAGAACAAAUACUAGAUGCGCUUGCAAAAUGGCGGAAUGGGACCAUUUCACCUUCAAUGCCUUCGUUACAAGGGAUAAAGGUAAACUCUGUAGAGGGUUUAUACGAAGGCUUCGGGAUAAAGAUUAGAUACAGGACCGGUGAAAUGAAAUUGAGUGGCGUGGAAAACUUUUCCAUCGAACAACUAUCUGUGGCUGCAAAAGAUUUGGAAGCAUCUGCGACUGUGCGAUUUCCAGUAUUGACGUUAACAUCGGAUAAUUAUAAUCUUAAAGGACGUGCGUACGUGAUGUACCCUCUGAAAGGGUCAGGACGAAUGAAAGUAAUUUUCCAAAAUACUAAGGUGACACUGGGAACAAAGCUAGUUCCGAAAGGCACAGUGUAUCAAGUUGAAGAUGUUAACUUAAACUUCAGUGUUAAAAAUGUUCAGAUCGAUUUGGAAGAUAGUUCGUGGCCAAUAAAUACGGUGUUGAACAGCAACGCUAUGCAGAUUUUAGAAAGCUAUCGCAGCGAAAUGGUGGUCGCAGCUAAAGACAUGUUGAAGCAGGCAAUCAACGGUCACCUAGCAACGACGAUAUCUCCGCAGUUAUUGAACGACGUUGGAAAUAACUUAUGUAACCUCACAUCCACAUUGUCUGCUCUUUACGUUUAAGUAAAAUAUACCUAACAUUGAUUCCAUCCAGAUUUAUGUAUCUAUUACAUAUUAUUGUAUACGGUAUUUAAGCAUUUUAUUGACUUAUUUUAAACAGAAAAGGAAUAAAUAUUGUUGAUUCA